CAGCUAUCGUUCAGUAGCAGUGGGCGCAGAAGUUUUAGCUAAAGAACUACAACAUAGACUAACAGAAGAUCUCGGCAUAGAUUAGUAGACCUGGUGUCUUCAGCAUGAUGUCGGGGGGUCCAGCGGUUCUUGUGAGUAUCGAGUCGUCCUGUGAGCGGCAGGUACAGGAAGUGUCUCUGGACGGGUUGGAGACGUACGUCCCUCCCCUGUCCAUGUCUCAGAAUUUGGCUAAACUCGCUCAGAGGAUCGACUUUGGUCAGAGUUCAGAUUCAGAUGAAGAAAGGACUGAAGGAGAGAGCAGGGAAGAGUGGCGCAAACUGGAAACAGAGGAGGACGAGGGUACAGUGAAGUUUCAGCCGUCGCUGUGGCCGUGGGAUGCCGUGCGUAACAACCUGCGUAGUGCUCUAACAGAGAUGUGUGUGCUGCAUGAUGUCCUAAGCGUGGUCAAAGAGAAGAAGUACAUGACCCUCGACCCAGUGUCCCAGGAUACCUCCAUGGCAAAGACUCCGCAGGUUUUCCAGUUGAUCAGUAAGAAAAAGUCUUUGGCCACUGCAGCCCAGCUGCUUCUUAAAGGUGCAGAGAAACUGACCAAGUCAGUAACAGAGAACCAGGAGCACCGCAGACAGAGAGACUUUAACUCCGAGCUGCUGCGUUUGCGCUCACAGUGGAAGCUACGGAAAGUUGGAGACAAAAUCCUGGGUGAUCUCAGUUACCGCAGCGCUGGGUCACUGUUCCCCCAUCAUGGCACAUUUGAGGUCAUAAAGAACACCGAUAUCGACCUGGAUAAGAAACUUCCAGAUGAUUAUUGUCCUCUGAAUGUGCAGAUCCCCAGUGAUCUGGAAGGCUCUGCUUACAUCAAGGUGUCCAUUCAGAAACAGUCUCCUGAUAUAGGAGAUCUCGGCACAGUGAAUCUCUUCAGAAGACAACCCAAAGCCAAACCAGGUUCUCAGAUGUGGCAUUUAAAGCUGGAAGCCGCUCAGAACGUGCUGCUCUGUAAGGAGAUUUUUGCUCAGCUGUCACGAGAAGCUGUUCAGAUCAAAUCACAGAUUCCUCACAUUGUCGUCAAGAAUCAGAUCAUCUCACAUCCGUUUCCUGGUCUACAGCUCUCCAUCUCUCUCUGUCACUCCACUGGAGAUAAAAAACAUCAAAGAUCAUCACCAGAAAAGAGCAAACCAGACGACCACCUGUAUGUGUUAGAACACAACCUGCACCAGCUCAUACGAGAGUUCCACAAACAUACGUUGAGUUCAGUGGUGAUGCCUCAUCCAGCCAGCGCUCCAUUCGGACACAAGCACUUGCGUUUAGCAGGACCGAUGGCGUAUGAUAAAGCGGAGAUCAGCUCAUUGCAGCAGAGUGAAGGACUGCUGGAGAAGAUCAUCAAACAAGCCAAACACAUUUUUCUCAGAAGCAGGACUGCACGGACCAUCGACGGUUUGGCAAGUCGUAUUGAGGACCCUCAGAUUCAGGCUCACUGGUCCAACAUUAACUAUGUGUAUGAGUCCAGUGUCAAAGUGCUCAUCACUUCACAAGGAUACGAGCAGAUCUGCAAAUCAAUCCAGCUGCAGUUAAAUGUUGGCGUGGAGCAGAUCAGAGUAGUGCACAGAGACGGACGCGUCAUCACACUAUCACACCAAGAGCAGGAGCUGCAGGACUUCCUGCUGUCACAGAUGUCGCAGCAUCAGGUGCAUGCUGUGCAGCAGUUGGCUAAAGUCAUGGGUUGGCAUGUGUUGAGUUUUAGUAAUCACGUGGGUCUUGGUCCCAUCGAGAGCAUCGGAAACGCCUCUGCCAUCACUGUCGCAUCUCCAAAUGGCGACUACGCCAUCUCAGUGCGUAACGGUCCAGAGAGCGGCUGUAAGGUUCUGGUCCAGUUUUCUCAAAGUCAGGCCAAAGAUCUGCCCAAGAGUGAUGUGGUGCAGGAUGCUAAAUGGACUCAUUUGAGGGGCCCUUAUAAAGAAGUGCACUGGGGCCGAAUGGAAGGAAAAAACUUUGUUUAUAAAAUGGAGCUGCUCAUGGCCGCACUGACACAGUGUCCCUAGAGCAUGUUAUAUAACUGUUUUAUACAGAUGGUCCUGUUGUUUGAUCUCUUCUCAGUAUUUCUCACUCUUUUUACAUUUUCCAAAUGAAUCAUUUGACCCCAGCACUGCUCAUGCUGAGUGAUUUUCAUCUGUAAAUGAUUCCUGAAAUGCUCCUCUGCUUCAGUCAUGGAAUUGUCAUGUAAUUUUUCUAGUUUGUGACCAGCUUUGGUCACAAACUUGUUGGAAAUAAAAUAUUUGUAAUUUCACUUUCUUUUUUUUUUGGAUGGCAAUCAUACAAGUAUAGAAAGGUUGUCCGAACUCCUAUGUAGUUAUGGUAAAUGCUCUGCACUUAUAUAGCGCUGUUUUUUUUUUUAACCUUAGAGGUUACCAAAGCGCUUUACACUGUGUCCCAUUCACACACACACCAAUGGCGGUAGAGCUGCCAUGCAAGGCGUGGGGGCAGGAAUCGAACCGCCAACCCUGCGAUUAGCAGCCGACCCGCUCUACCACCUGAGCCACCCGCUAAAGAAUAAAUCUAGAUAAAUACAAAAUCAAGGACAAUAAAUCAGAAUUUAAUGAGUAAUCCUUUAUGUUCAAGAAAGACAAGCAUACGUUGGCCAAAUAAACAUUGUGUAAAUAUUUAUACAACGUUCCCACGGCUAUGGAAAGCCUGGGGGAUUCGUAAAAUAUAAAAAUUCAUAAGUAUAAAUUCGUCUAGAUAUAUUCUGCUCAAAAAUAUUUGAUUGGCUAGAUGUAUUGCUUUUACCCAGUUGAGCCACAUUUGAGCCAGUUACAUUUUUUGUCUUCUUGACACGUGUACGCUAAAAUCAUAAUUGGACAAAUCAAAUCUAGAUUCACCCCAGCAAAAUCGACCAAACUCAUCCAGUAAUCACAAACUGUAAAUGUCAUAAGUCAAACUUGGGUAAAUGAUAAAUGUCCAAAUAUAUUCAGUACUCAAACACUUGUUUCUUAUAGAUGCUUUGACCGUGUCGGACAGCACGCCAAACACUAUGAAGAAUGUUUUGAAGUUGCUUUUAUGGCUUUACACACAAUCCCUAAAAAUCCAAGAAUUCCCCCAAAAUGGAUGCCAUUUACAGGAAUUUCUGCAGAGGUUGUUGAUGACAUUAUAGUGGUGUUCAUUUUCUGCUGUAGUGGAAUAAACAUGCCACAUCGUUUUCAUACACUCCAACAAAACUCUGCGCUGACUCGGAACUGUAGCUAGAAUCCUUUGUGUCAGUUGUAAUUAAGUGUGCCAUAAAUUAUGAAUUCAAAUAAA